AUGCGCUCCGAAUGGAGGCGCAAGCACUGUGCCAGGGUGGACAUCUGGAUUGCAACCCUGAACCAGUUCUUGCGACCCCGCCAGCGACGUCAGAUGCAUAUUCUCUGCCGCGGGCCCUACUUCACGCCGAAGGAAGCUGCGGAAUACGCAAACCUGAGCAACCAGUUGCAGCAAGUGUACACAUCGGCCAGCAUGUGCUACAACGGCCGCUGCUACGUGGGGGACGAGCAGCUGGAGAGAGCCAUGCAAAAUUCUCGGCAGCCGGAGUUUCUGGAAUGGGCGUGGGUGUCGUGGCGAGACACAGUGGGCCGCCCAUCCAGGUCAAUCUUCAGGAAGCUCGUCAUUCUCAUGAACACUGCCGCCAAGCGCAGACAUUACAUGGACAUGGGGGAAUGCUGGCGAGAAGAACUAGACACACGGCUGCUGGAGGAAGAAGUGUUCAGGCUGUACGAACAAGUAGAACCACUAUACAUCAUGCUCCACGCUGUUGUUCGCCACCAUCUCGCCAACUACUAUGGCGACGACAUUGUCGACCGCAAAGAGCCAAUACCAGCACAUCUCCUAGGAAACAUGUGGGCACAGAACUGGGCAGCACUGACCGACGUGGUGAUGCCGUCGGCGAGCCAGUUCGAUAUCGGCCGUAUGUUGCGCCAGCACGGUGUAACCGUGAUGUCGAUGGUGCGCUCCGCCGAGGACAUGUACGUGUCCAUGGGGCUGCCCAAGAUGCCGGAAUCCUUCUGGAAGCGGUCGCGCUUCGAGCGCACCGCCCUCGGAAACGUGAACUGCCACGGUACCGCUGCCAACAUGUUCCAGGAUCACGACUACAGAAUGCUUUACUGCGCAGAAGUCUCAAGAGAAGAUUAUGAAGUCAUCCACCAUGAGAUGGGACACAUAGAGUACUACAUGGCCUAUGAAAAUCAGCCCACUAUUUUCCGGGAGGGCGCGACGUCGGCACUGCAGGAGGCAGUGGGCGACGCGGUGAGCCUGGCGGCGUCAGUGCCGCAGCACCUGCAGCGCCUGUCCGUCACCAACGACUCCGCCUCAACUGACGAAAUGAGUUUCAGCGUGCUGCUGCAGCAAGCUCUCUCCAGAAUUCCACAACUGCCCUUCGCCUUGGUUGUGGAUAAAUGGCGCUGGGAUGUUUUCCGAGGUGUCAUUUCUCCCGAAACUUAUAACCACGACUGGUGGCACCUCAGGAAGAAAUACCUAGGCAUUACUCCGCCUGUCCCAAGAUCAGAGGCUGAUUUUGACCCUGGUGCGAAGUAUCACAUUGCAAAUAACGUACCUUACAUCAGAUACUUUCUAAGUGGUAUAUUGCAAGUGCAGCUGUUUAAAGGAAUGUGUCAGCACGCUAUAUAUGGGGCGGUUACUGACAAACCAUUACCAUUCCCUCUUCAUCAGUGUGACAUAUAUGGAUCAAAGCGCAGUGGAGCAGCAUUAUGGUAA